AUGUUGGAGUUUCACCCGGAGCGAGGGGCUGCGAGCGUUCUUCGCUCCGUGUGGGUGUGACCCGGGUUCGGCGCCGCGGCGGGCUGCGGGGGGCGGGGACGGUUAGGCCGGUCGUCGUCGUCCGCGGCGGCGGCCGCAGCGUGGGGCCGGGCGAUUGUGACCGCCGGGGGAGCAGGGGGCCGGCUGCGGCUCCCACUCUCCGUGUGGCCCCCUGAGCGCCCCCCUCCCCUGCUCGGGAGGGAGGCGGGGGGCACCCGGGGCCCGCCAUGAACCCCGGUUUCGAUCUGUCCCGCCGGAACCCGCAGGAAGACUUCGAGCUGAUUCAGCGCAUCGGCAGCGGCACCUACGGCGACGUCUACAAGGCACGGAAUGUUAACACCGGUGAAUUGGCAGCAAUUAAAGUAAUAAAAUUGGAGCCAGGAGAAGACUUUGCAGUUGUGCAGCAAGAAAUUAUUAUGAUGAAAGACUGUAAACACCCAAAUAUUGUUGCUUAUUUUGGAAGCUAUCUCAGGCGAGAUAAACUUUGGAUUUGCAUGGAGUUUUGUGGAGGUGGUUCUUUACAGGAUAUUUAUCAUGUAACGGGACCUCUAUCAGAACUACAAAUUGCAUAUGUUAGCAGAGAAACACUGCAGGGAUUAUACUAUCUUCACAGUAAAGGAAAAAUGCACAGAGAUAUAAAGGGAGCUAAUAUUCUAUUAACGGAUAACGGUCAUGUGAAAUUAGCUGAUUUUGGAGUAUCUGCUCAGAUAACAGCUACAAUUGCCAAACGGAAGUCUUUCAUUGGUACACCAUAUUGGAUGGCUCCAGAAGUCGCAGCGGUUGAGAGGAAAGGCGGGUACAAUCAACUCUGUGAUCUCUGGGCAGUGGGAAUCACUGCCAUAGAACUUGCUGAGCUUCAGCCUCCUAUGUUUGACUUACACCCAAUGAGAGCGUUAUUUCUAAUGACAAAAAGCAAUUUUCAGCCUCCUAAAUUAAAGGAUAAAAUGAAGUGGUCAAAUAGUUUUCAUCAUUUUGUGAAAAUGGCCCUUACCAAAAAUCCAAAAAAAAGACCUACCGCUGAAAAGUUACUACAGCACCCAUUUGUCACACAGCCUUUGACACGGUCUUUGGCAAUUGAAUUGUUGGAUAAAGUGAAUAAUCCAGAUCAUUCCACUUACCAUGAUUUUGACGAUGAUGAUCCUGAGCCUCUUGUUGCUGUACCACAUAGAAUUCACUCAACAAGUAGAAAUGUGAGAGAAGAAAAAACACGCUCAGAGAUAAACUUUGGCCAAGUAAAAUUUGAUCCACCCUUAAGGAAGGAGACAGAACCACAUCAUGAACUUCCCGACAGUGAUGAUUUUUUGGACAGUUCAGAAGAAAUAUACUACACUGCAAGAUCUAAUCUGGAUCUACAACUAGACUAUGGACAAGGACACCAAAGUAGUUACUUUCUAGGUGCAAACAAGAACUGUAUUCUAUAUAACGAAUCACUGGCAAGGAGUCUUCUGAAAUCUGUUGAAGAAGAAUUACAUCAGCGAGGGCACGUAGCACAUUUAGAAGAUGAUGAAGGGGAUGAUGAUGAAUCUAAACAUUCAACUAUGAAAGCCAAGGUUCCCCCUCCUUUGCCACCAAAGCCAAAGUCCAUAUUCAUACCACAGGAAGCUCAUUCUACUGAGGAUGAUAAUCAAGGAACAAUCAAGAGAUGUCCCACAUCAGAAAGCCCAGCAAAGCCAUCCCAAGUUCCACCAAGGCCACCACCUCCCAGGUUACCUCCGCAGAAGCCUGUUGCUUUAGGAAAUGGAGUGAGCUCCUUCCAGUUAAAUGGUGAACGAGAUGGUUCAUUGUAUCAACAACAGAAUGACCAUAGAGGCACAAACCUUUCAAGAAAAGAAAAGAAAGAUGUACCAAAACCUAUUAGUAACGGCCUACCCCCAACACCUAAAGUACAUAUGGGUGCAUGUUUUUCAAAGGUAUUUAAUGGAUGUCCCUUGAAAAUUCACUGUGCAACAUCAUGGAUAAACCCAGACACAAGAGAUCAGUACUUGAUAUUUGGUGCUGAAGAAGGGAUUUAUACCUUAAAUCUCAAUGAACUUCAUGAAACAUCAAUGGAACAGCUGUUUCCCCGAAGGUGUACAUGGUUGUAUGUAAUGAACAAUUGCCUACUAUCAAUAUCUGGUAAAGCUUCUCAACUUUAUUCCCAUAAUUUACCAGGGCUUUUUGAUUAUGCAAGGCAAAUGCAAAAGUUACCUGUUUCUAUUCCAGCACACAAACUCCCUGACAGAAUACUGCCAAGGAAAUUUGCUGUAUCAGCAAAAAUCCCUGAAACCAAAUGGUGUCAGAAGUGUUGUGUUGUGAGAAAUCCUUACACAGGCCAUAAAUACCUUUGUGGGGCACUUCAGACUAGCAUUGUUCUAUUAGAAUGGGUUGAACCAAUGCAGAAAUUUAUGUUAAUUAAGCACAUAGAUUUUCCCAUACCGUGUCCACUUAGAAUGUUUGAAAUGCUGGUAGUUCCUGAACAAGAGUACCCUUUAGUUUGUGUUGGCGUCAGUAAAGGAAGAGACUUCAACCAGGUGGUUCGAUUUGAAACAGUCAAUCCAAAUUCUACCUCUUCAUGGUUUACCGAAUCAGAUACCCCACAGACAAGUGUUACUCAUGUAACCCAGCUAGAAAGAGAUACCAUCCUUGUAUGCUUGGACUGUUGUAUAAAAAUAGUAAAUCUCCAAGGAAGGUUAAAAUCUAGCAGAAAAUUAUCAUCGGAACUCACCUUUGAUUUUCAAAUUGAAUCAAUAGUAACUGAGCUGUUCUUGCCUGCUAGUUUGCCUACAAGACAGUGUGCUAGCUUUCUGGAAACAUGGAAUGCAAGGUAGAAGUUUUAGAUCUAAUGAGACUGUCACCUGGAGCAAGAGUGCUGAUGCUGGCUCUCUCUGUCUUGAGACACCUUUUCUACUAUGUAUUUGAGAAAUAAUGACCAGCGCAGGCUCUAAGUAAAUAAAGGGUUCUACAUUUCUCUCGAAGCCUCCUUGCCUCCUAUUUCUCUUACCCUUAUUCACUUGACAUUUAUAAGAUUCUUUGCCCCUUUCUUUUCCCUUUUAUUAAUCUUUUAUUAACCUAUUCCUCUUUAUUAACCUUAACUAUAUCUCCUUAGCCUUUAACUCCAGGAAUAAUUUAACUCCAAAUCAUGACACAGUCAACUCAGUUCAGUAUUUACGUCAGAAAGUGCUGGCCUUAUAAACAUAAAUAAGACUUGGUACUUGCCCCCUGGAGUAUAUUAGGCGAGUAAAAUCAUCAUAAGUUCUUUCAAUACCCCCAAGCCAGCCUCAACAGUGUAACUUUUACUUGAGCUUUGGAGAGAAAGGAAAACCUUUGGUGCCUUAAGAAAGUAGCUCCUUCAUGUUUUAAACUGUCAUUCAUUAAGUGCAGCUUCUCUUCUAACCAGGUGAACAGCAUAGCAGAGUGAUCAUGAGGGUGGUUUCCAAAAGAGACACCCGGAUUCAGUCCCAACUCUGCUCUUCAGUAACUGUGAUCAUGCAUAUCACUUAACUUCUCUUUGCCCGUAUUUUUUUAAUCUGUGAAUUGAGGAUAACAGCAUAAUACUUCCUUCAUAGGGUUGCUAAGAUUACAUGGAAGGAAGCAUGCAAUGUACCUAGGGUGGUGCCUGCCCUAUAGUAAGCAUUCAAGAAAGGAGGCUGCCAGUAUGUUUCUGGGAGAAAUUCCCGUAAGAGGGCUCACUUCUCAGGAAGAUUUUUUUAAAGUCACCUGAGGGAAUGGAGCAUGGAGAUAAGAAUAGUCAACAGCUAAUAAGCUCCAGGAAGAGAAAGAAUGGCAGGAUACAAGAGGGUGGUUUAAAAAAAUAGUUUGCCCCAAAACCCACCUGAGGGGCUUUUUUAAACUACAUACGCAGCCCAAGGAUGAUUUCAGUUUCAAAAUCAAAUUGUUUUUCAGCCUACCAAAUUUUGGGAGGAGCUACUGCCAUUAUAAUUGGGAUGUUUUGCUCUCAGUAAGCAAUAAACAGUGGGUUUCUCUUUCUUCUGUAGACUCAUUCUUAAUUCUCUAACUGGUAAUUGGUUAUACUGAGGACUUCUUUAAGGAUAUAUGCCAUCAGAAAAUACUAUUUCAGGAGACUGGGAAAAAAAUGGGACAGAGAAUUAUUACCUACUGAGCACUUCUUAGCUAGGUUUUAUACCAAAUAAUACCUACGAGAUACCUGUGCGAAGUAGGCCUUGUCUCUCCCAUUUUCAAGAGGCAAAACUUUUUCCAACAAAUUGCAUACCUUUUGCAGUCAUCAUAGCCAGUAAGUGGGAGAAUUGGAAUUUAAGCUUGAGUCAUGAGUCUGUCCCAUCACACCACACAUAGCAGCCUUUUAAAAAAAGUACCAGACUUUAAGUGGCUUAAUGCUGCAAGAGGAUUGCUAUUGGCAUUAACAUAACUCAAGAGGUGUUUUUGUUUUUUGCUUUUUAUGGCCACACCCGAGGCAUGUGGAGGUUCCCAGGCUAGGGGUCUAAUCGGAGUUACAGCUGCCGACCA